GGGAGCCGCCAGUCCGGCUGCAGUGGGGCCGGCCGGGCGCGGCGCUGCCUCCUCGGCAGCGCGAGCAUGAAGGAGGCGGCCUGAGGGCCGGAGCCGACCCGGGGCUGGAGCGCGGGGUCUGACCUACCGUAAACAUGGCAACCAGUGCUGUCCCCAGUGACAACCUCCCCACGUACAAGCUGGUGGUGGUGGGAGAUGGGGGUGUGGGCAAGAGUGCCCUCACCAUCCAGUUUUUCCAGAAGAUUUUUGUGCCUGACUAUGACCCCACCAUUGAAGACUCCUACCUGAAACACACAGAGAUUGACAAUCAAUGGGCCAUCCUGGACGUUCUGGACACAGCCGGGCAGGAGGAGUUCAGCGCCAUGCGGGAGCAGUAUAUGCGCACGGGGGAUGGCUUCCUCAUCGUCUACUCGGUCACGGACAAGGCCAGCUUCGAGCAUGUGGACCGCUUCCACCAGCUCAUCCUGCGCGUCAAGGACAGAGAGUCCUUUCCGAUGAUCCUUGUCGCCAACAAGGUCGAUCUGAUGCAUUUGAGGAAAAUCACCAGGGAGCAAGGAAAAGAAAUGGCGACCAAACAUAAUAUUCCGUACAUAGAAACCAGUGCCAAGGACCCACCUCUCAACGUCGACAAAGCCUUCCAUGACCUGGUUAGGGUAAUUAGGCAACAGAUUCCAGAAAAGAGCCAGAAGAAGAAGAAGAAAACCAAAUGGCGGGGCGACCGGGCUACCGGCACCCACAAACUGCAGUGCGUGAUAUUGUGACGGGCCUGAGGCCCUGGCCAUGGUGACCGUGAACUGGCCGGCCCUCGGGGCCCUCCACUGCCUAACCGCGCUGAAAACCAUUUCUAACCACGACCCUCAGCCCGAGGACCUGGCUCAGGAAGGGAGGAAGGGAGGGUGGGCAGGGAGGAGCAAGGCUCCGGCUUUGCCAGAAGGGCACAGGCUUUCCCACGUCUCAAGAGAGACAGGGAAGCAAUGCUAAACAGAAGCAGCAUCCAAGCCCCUCACGUUGACUCAACCCGGUUCCUCCCCAUCUCUCAGUGGCUGUUGUUUCUUUGAAGUACACAGGAUUAGUGUGAUGUGGAAGUGUGUGUCCACGGACAGAGUACUGAACAAGCCAUGAUCCACUCCCCACCUCCCUGCCCCCAGCCCAGAGCGUCUGAGCCUGGGGGCGGGGG